UGUAAUUAUUUAAAGAUUUUGAAUUGGUGAAGAUUUUUGGGAGAAAAGUGUUGCCGGUGUGAUCAAACAUUAAUUACUCUCGAAGAAGAAAUUUUUAUUUAAUAACAAUGGAUUUCUCAGCUACGCAAGUUUAUGAGGAUGAAGAUUAUUUAAGGACCGACUCACAUAUGUCAGAAGAGGACGAGUCAGUACAGGUUGGAAUGUUAAGCAUCAAUUCCACUGACUAUCCGAUUAAAAUAGGGAUUACAAAAAUCGGUAGACUUGAUACCUGCAAUAUUGUUAUUCAAAAUGAGACAGUAUCAAAACUGCAUGCAGAAAUUGAAGCUAGUGGUCGAGGAUCAACUUGGAUUUGUGAUCUAAAAUCUCUCAACAAAACAAAACUUAAUAAUUUAGUACUGAAAUCCAAUCGUUCUUAUGAACUUAAGGAUAGAAGUGUUAUUGAAUUCGGCGGAGUAUGUGCAACUUAUCAUACAUACUGUCCGGCCAACGACUUAGUAAUACCGGAAACACCUGCACCAUCGAGACAGAAAACUACUAAUAUAAUAAUUCCAAAUACACCAGAUUCAUCACUUAAUAAUUCAUCCGGUAUGGACAAUGAUGGAUCCAUUAUUCUUGGAACUCAAAAAGAUGACGAGAACAGCAUUUUUCGACGACCGCGGGUUUUACGACAAAAUUUAUCUCCAAGUAUUAAUAAAAAGAAUACUUCCAAAAAUGAGAGCAAUGAUUCGCUAAGUGCCAUUACAUUGCACACAUCUAAUAUUAAUGUUAGUGAGAAUCAAGUUAAUAUAGAUGAUACAGAGACACAAAAGUUUGAUGAAGAAUGCAAACCGACAUCAAAUUCCAUUUAUGAUAUGGAGACGCAAGGAGAUAUAUUCAAGCCUAUUGAAACGAAUACUAAAAUUACCAAGCAGCUACCAAAACUAAAUGUUUGUGACAAAACAGCUGGCAGAUCUGUAACAGAUAUCCAUGAUAUGGAAACUCAAAAUUAUAUAAACGAUAUUAAUGGAAUGGAAAUUCAAGAGAACAAUGUAAUAGCGGAGAAGUUUACGACGGAUAUUCAUACUAUGAAAACGCAAAUUUAUGCUGACAAUAUUGAUGAAGAUGACAAAGAUGCUCAGAAAUCUGAAAUUGAUAACAAUCAAGAAAAAAGUUUAGCCAAAAUUGAGUGCAAUAUUCACGAUUUAGAAACACAAAAGUAUGAUGAAAACUAUAUUGCAAAAGAUAUAUCUGAUUUGGAAACUCAACUUGAAUUACACAGUGUUGCAACAGGCGAGCAGAAUAAAGACAUAUCCAAUAUGGAAACUCAAUUCGAAGUAGAUAGUAUGGCAAAUGUGAUUAGUAAUGAUCGAGCCAAUAAGGAAAAAGAUAGAAAUAAUAUAGCAAAUACCACUAAAGACGAGAUAAAUCAUGAGAACAUCACAAAGUCACCGAGAUCCAAAUCCAGUAAUCCUAGAUCUUUGAAUAUAUCUUCACCAAAAGUUAAAGAUAGUCCUCCUUCAUCGUUAAAUCAGAGUGUUCAUUUGCUUGAAUCAUCAGAUUUAUUAGAGUUCUUUAGCGAAGGCAUUGAUAAGCAAAAAAUACAAGUAUCUAAUGCGUCUACUCCGAAACAGCUUACAAAAGUGUCAUCGAAAAAGUAUAGUGAUGUUGAAGAUGUGCAAAACACAAAUAAUGAAGAGAACAACGAUGAAGAUAUUUUCGAAGCUCCUACUCAACGCAUCAAUUGCAAAUUCGAUGCUUUAAUGUCAGACGAUUCCGAAAUCGAUGAGGAAGAUUGGAUAACAAUAUGUAAAAAUUCCAAAAAGAAGCAUAGGAAGCCUCACUCAGAACAAACUAACGAUGAUUCGGAAUCAACCGCGGAAGAAAACAUUGCGAAACUUGCUGAAAAGAAGUGUAACUUAAGAACUUUAAAUAAGGCAUCUGAUGAAGUCAUAAAUAGCAAUGACCCUGGUACGAGUAUCGAAUCUGAAGAUAUGUUUGAUGUACCAACGCAAUUGAACAAUCCUAUGACUAAGAAUACAUCGAAUUCUUUAAUUGAUCAAUCACAAAACUCUAAAAUUAAUGAGGCUAAGAUUAGUAAUAUACUAUCGACGCAAAUUAUAAACAAUCAGAAAAAUAUACCUAUGCCAGAUAUUAAUGAUGUAGCACCUACUCAACUCAUUUUAUCACGUGAAACUUCUCCGAAUAAUUCUAUGAACUUGGCUUUGAAAAAUAAUCAAAACGAUGUGAAUGAUGUGGCAAAUAAGCGAAUUAAUACAAAAUCGGUUGGAAAUCUUGAUCGUGAAGAUAUAGAUUAUGAGCUUGCGCCUACACAAGUAAUCGGUGAAAUUGAAAAUGAAGGAAAGGGAAUUUCCACUUGUGCAAAAGGCUCUUCUCAAAUAAAUGAUACUCUUGAAGAAAAACUGAAUGAAAUGUUUGAUGAUGUAAAUAAUGAUACGAAUAGCAUUCACGAAUCGCCACAUAUGUCGACGCAAUAUCUGGAAGAGAUUCUGGAAUCAUCGCAAAAUGAUGACUCAACUAAGAAAGUCAACGUUGAUGACAGAGAUGCAUGUAACGUGUCACAGAAGCAAACAGAAAAGAAGAAACAUGCAUCCUGUAAUCAACAUUCACAUAAUUUAUUGGAUAGUGAGAUAAAUACGAGUAAUGUAAAUAAGGCAGAGACUGAAUCGCAAAAUUCAGAUAUUUAUUUUUCUACUAUUACUUCACGACGAAAGAAAAAUAUUUUAAGAGAUACACAAGAGUUCGCAGACUCUGUGGAGGAUAUAACUCCUGAUCAAGACAUUGAUUUUCCUCAGACGUCUAAAGUAAAUAAUGAGAAAGCUAUGCUAGAUAAUGUAGCUCAAGAAUCUAACAAGAGAAAAAAAAGAAUCGCAAAGACAAAACACGAAUCUGAUUUAGUAACGGAAACAAUAAAUGACAAUGACAAGAAUAAAAUCAUUUCAGAUCGGAAUAACAAAAGAAGUAUUCAAAGUUCAAAAUUGAUGAAACGUGAUGAUGAACUCGCAGAAACGAGGAAACAAAUCUUGAAAAGUGAUCCAAUUGAAUUGAAAGUUGAUGAUACAAAAGAGAAUACAUCAAUUUGCAUACCUUGCCCAUCAGGAAAUGGACAACGUGCGCAAAUACUGGAUACAUUGUAUGAGAGUGACGAUGACAUUCUAAUGCGCUUACCAGCCGUUAGAAUAUCAGGUACACUUUCAAAUCCAGCAAGUCCUUCUGCAUCAUCAUCGUCAACUGUGCGUAGCACUAAAUCUAAACGAAAUACCGCAAGGGGUAAGAAAAAAGAAAAUACAUCCUUUAAAGAAAAAUCAUUACGUAAACAAAAUAUUAAAAACUGUGAAAAACACAAUAAGUUAUCUAUUGAUAGUUCAAAUCUCAACAAUUUGACUGGUAAAAUAUCAGACUUUGUGGAUACUUCCGAUGAUUCUAACGAAUCCACCUAUGAACGAUUCCAACAAAUUGCAGAUAGACUAUACAACAAUGAAUAUAGUUGUCCGAAACGGCAGAAGAAAAGAAGCAAAGAAAGUUCACGAGUUUCGCCAGAUGUGUCAGAAGAUCCAAAGCAGAGUAUGGAUGUCAAAUUGAAAAAUUCUGCGACGACCAGUUCAAGAAUAACAAGACAUUCCAGCAAAAAAAAUGACGAGGGUCCACAUAAUCAGAAAGAAACUUUAAAAAACAUAGUCUCUGGAGCAACUGAAUCUACGCAGUCUGAAACGAAAUCUAUUAUCGGUAAAAGAAAGGUAUCUCUAAAUGUGAUAGAAAAAAGUGUGGAACAAACUACUUCGAAAAAACGUAAAACUGUCACUGAGGAAUGUCCAGUUUCUACACGUAGUCGCAGAAAUGCCAUGAAAAUCGCAACCAAUAGGCAAUCCCCGAAUAUCCUUGAACAUUUCACUAAAACAAGAUUACGUGAAAAUAUCUCUAAAAAUAUGAAAUCUUUUGAAGAUAAUAAAGCAAUAUCUAAAACUACGUUAGAAGAAACUCAAGAGAUCUUCUUAACAGAUGGAAAUGUCUAUCCUGAGAAAGUCAAUGUUAAACGAACUAGACAAACGAGACAAAUAAUUUAUGACAAUCAAGUUAUGACACAUGGCAAUGAUGUAACUCCAAGUGAAAAUAGUAAAAAAAAUAAACCAUCUCCAACAAAAGGAGUAGAAGCACAGACGAAUAAGCCACAAAAGAUUCUGAAAGUUAUACUUAGUCCCUUAAAGAGCUUCUCAGAUGAUGCAUCGCAAGAAGUCGAAAGUAUUAUGACAAGAGGUUCAAGUAAUAUACAAGAUAAGAAUUUAUCAAUCAGAGAAGGUAGUAAGGCAAAAAUAUUUAAAAGAAAAUUGAGAACCAGAAGUAAGAAACAACAAAAUUCAGAUACUGAAACAGAUUCUGUUUUAACUGAGAGUAGUGUGUCAUCUGAAAUAGAAGACUCUGAUAAUACACAACUUGACAAUGUUGUACUAAAAACUAAACGUGAAAAAUCUGCUAAAAGUUUCGUUUCUUCGCUGCUAAAAACACAAAUCUCAAUUAAAAAAACAGAAAUGUUUAAGAAGCCUCGAAUUACUCGAAAUUCUACAAGUUCACUUCUUGAUAUCUCCGCAGAAAACACAACUGAUGAAAAUAGUCAAGGCAGUAUCGAAAGUAACGCUUCGAUAAGUUCUAGAUCUUCACGAUCAAGGACAACAAGAAAGAAGAUGGAGUCGAAUCAAAAUACUCAUAAACUAAUUGACAAGACUGCUUCAACACUACAUACAAACACAGAAACUACAUCUCUUAUUUUAACGCCUUCUAGAACACGCAGAAGUACGUCGAGUCUAAAUAAUUCGAUAUCAUCCGCAAUGAAACAUAACGUUUUAUUUACGGGUAUAAUGGAAGAUUAUAGUGAGAUUGUCAAUACAUUAGGUGGAAGCAAAGUGGAAGAUCCGGCAGAAUGCACCAUUUUAGUUACUGAUAAAGUUCGUCGAACGUAUAAAUUCUUAUGUGCGUUGGCAAAAGGUAUACCUAUAGUGACGAUCGAUUGGUUAAGAGAAAGUGAAACUGCGAAGAGGUUUCUAAAUUGGGAAAAUUAUAUAUUAAAAGAUCCCGCAGCCGAAACCAAGUUUGGUUUCAGACUGAGGAAGAGUCUUAAUAGAGCUAAGGAGAAAAAAAUGCUAGAUGGUUAUAUCGUUGUAUUAACGCCGAAUGUCGAGCCACCGCCUAUAAAAGAAUUGAAAGUCAUAGUGUCAUCUUGCGGAGGAAAAGCUCUAUUACGUCCUCCGACUAAAUGGCCCGAAAAAGCAGUGGUUUUAUCUCGUGAAGAAGAUUUGCGAAAUGCAAAAAAGUUUCUUGUUAAAGCACCGAAGACUGUUACAGUACAAUCUACAGAAUUUAUUCUAACUGGCAUCUUAAGACAGGAAAUAGAUUUUGUUAAAUAUAAAUUAACAGGCUAAUUAUUAAUACUCAUAGA